CCUGAAAAUGAAAAACAAUGGCGAAUCCAUGGAUUCAAUUAAUCAUGCACAUGCCACUAACUCUGUCCCAAUUGGCGCAUCGAACGUCCUUUGCGUUGGAGCUCCUGCUUGUUAUAGGCUAUGGCGGAGAUAGGGCAACGGCUGCAGUGGUGGCGGUGGAUACAAAGUCUCCUGCGCCGCCGAUGACGGAGAAGACGAUCCCGAGGGAGGAGGGUUUGAGAUUGCUUCCGACGGUGGACGAACUGAAGACUCCAAUAUACCGGAGAAAGGGAAGACAACGCUUGUUGCCGGGAUCGCGGCUGGGAGGCUAAGCGGAGAUGGAAAUGGAGCUACUACUCUGAGGAAGUAGCCGAAUUGAGGUUGUAGAUGACGGCGGCCGUAUGGAAGAGCAUGAGGAUUCGUCUUCAGGGAAGUAUUGGAUUAUGAUGAGAAAACCCUAUAAUGCGAAUUGGGAGAAAAAGCAAGCUAAAAUACAAGGAAGGUAGGGAGUCAGACGGCUGCAGGACUUCUUAACUUUGUUGGUUUAAUUAAGGGAUGCUUUGGAA